ACUGUCAAAUUUUAACUAAAAGUUAAAAUAAUUCGUGAGACGCUGCCCAGCCUUAGAGAGAAAAGCGAAUGUUUCUCGUGUAUAUUGAAUAAAAAUUUUAAUCACAAGAAGUUUUAGUAAAAUGGAUUUUUUCCUUCAACGAGAUGGGAUAUUAAAAGAGGAAGAGCCCGAAAACAGCCCGGCAGCCCUUUCCCCAUCGUCCGCUCCAACAACCGAUAUUCCAAUAAAGCUCGAAUAUCAGAUUUGUGAUGAAGAGUUCACACAGAAAAGUGAUCUUCAUAAAGACGGUAUAGUACCUAAAGGUGAACAGGUUUAUAGUUGCGAAAUUUGCGGGGGACAAUUUUCAAUGAAGAAAGCCCUGAACAAGCACAUGAUCGUUCAUACUGAUAACCAGCAAUUUAUGUGUAAUGUGUGUGGCAAAGAAUUCCAGUGUUAUCAGCGGUUAAAGGACCACACAAAUAUUCACACUGGCGAGCGUCCGUACAAUUGCACUGCAUGCGAAAAAAACUUCUGGUCUAAACAGAUGCUUACUCGACACAUGCACAUUCACACGAGCCAGGGUUCGUACAAAUGCAUUGUAUGCGGGAAAGAAUUUCCUAUUAAGGGUUAUCUAACUAAUCACAUGUAUAUUCACCAAAGUGAGUACAAAUAUAAAUGCGAAGUGUGUGGCAAAGGCUUUAAUGUGGGUUCUACCCUCGCGAGACACAAACGCAUUCAUUCAAACGAGAAGUUCAAAUGCACCAUAUGCGAGAAAGAUUUUUCCACUAAGUAUAAUCUUAUCACACACAUGAAAAUUCAUGCGAAUGAUUACGAGCAUAAGUGCGAUGUGUGUGGCAAAGGAUUUAUUUCCAAAUCCCGUUUGAAAGUUCACAAAAAUAUUCACACAGGUGAACGGCCUUACAAAUGCACUGUAUGCGGAAAGGACUUUAAUAGCAAAACAAAACUUUUAGGACACAUUCGACUUCACACAAGCGAGCGACCGUUUAAAUGCACUGUAUGUGGAAAAGAAUUUGCCAUUAAGCGUUACUUAACUCAACACAUGUCUAUUCACCAAAGUGUGUACAAAUAUAAGUGCGAAGAUUGUGGCAAAUACUUUCAUAAUGGUACUAGUUUCGAGAGCCACCAACGCAUUCAUUCGAACGAGAAUUUCAAAUGCACCAUAUGCGAGAAAGAUUACUCUAAUAAGUGUUAUUUUAGCAUACACAUGAAAAUGCAUGUAAAUAAUUACGUGCAUAAGUUGCAUAAGUGCGAUGUGUGCGACAGAGGAUUUAUCUCCAAAUCACUUUUGAAAGACCACGAAAAUAGUCACACAGGUGAACGGCCUUACAAAUGCACUGUAUGCGGAAAGGACUUUCAUAGUAAAAAAGCACUUUCGGAUCACAUGCGACGUCACACAAGCGAGCGACCGUUCAAAUGCACCGUAUGUGGAAAAGAUUUCGUAAUUAUGGGUUACCUAUCCAGACACAUGCGCACUCACACGGAUGAUUAUAAUCAUAAGUGUGACGUUUGUGGCAAAGGAUUUGUAACCAGAGCCCUCUUGGAAGAUCAUGAACGCCUUCAUACAGGAGAGCGACCGUUCAAAUGCACUGUAUGUGGAAAAGAAUAUGCCAAUAAGGGUUACUUAACUAAACACAUGUCUAAUCACCAAAGUGUGCAAAGUGUGUUUGAAUAUAAGUGCGAAGAAUGUGGCAAAAACUUUCGUAAUGCUGCUAGCUUCGCGGAACACAAACGCAUUCAUAGGAACGGGAAGGUUAAAUGCACCAUUUGCGAUAAAGAUUAUAACACUAACUAUGAACUUAGAAGACACAUGAAUUUCCAUACAGAAGGUUACGAGCAUAAGUGUGAUGUUUGUGGCAAAGGAUUCAUGACCAGAUUACGCUUGAAAGAACAUGAAAACAGUCAUACAGGAGAGCGACCGUACAAAUGCACUGUAUGUGGAAAAGACUUUCAUCGUAAAGUAAAUCUUUCUGUACACCUACAGAUUCACACAAGCGAGCGACCGUUCAUAUGCACCGUAUGUGGAAAAGAUUUCGCGGUUAAGUAUUACCUAUAUAGACACAUGUUUAUUCACAAAAGUGAGUACACAUACAAGUGUGAAGUGUGUGGUAAAGGCAUGAAUGAUAGAACAAGCUUCGUGAGACACAAACGCAUUCAUACGAACGAGAAGUUUAAAUGCACCGUAUGUGGAAAAGAUUUUACAACUACGUAUUAUCUAAAAAAGCACACGCUUAGUCACACUGCACCAUCGUGAUGUAUGUGGCCAAGGAUUUAGAACCAGCUUACUUUUGAAAGACCACGACCACAAUGUCGUAUCAUUUAUCGCAGAAGUAUAAUAGUAAUAAAUUAAUUUUGUGAACAUUUUCCAUUUGAAUGGGAUGUCUUUUUA